UUUAAUUUGUUUUCCCUCUCAUAUCUCUUGAUCUUCACUGUAUUUUGUUUCCCGAUAAACGAGGAGAGAGAGAAGCUCGGACACAGAGAAAGAAUGGCGCUCUCUCGUACAUCUAUAGCAGCCUCUAGACUCCACUUUCAGAAUAAAGGAACUGCGACGCCUAAUUGCUGGCUUUGUACUGCAACAACAACUGGUAAAAAGAGGCAAACAAAAAAGACUGAAGAAGCAAAGGAGCAGAGAACCCUAGCUAUAAAAACAUUUGUAAAGAAAUAUAUGAUGCUGAACCCUGGAACAUUCCCUAAAGCAACAUUAGUUCACCAGGAAGUUGGUGGGUCAUGGUAUAUUUUGAAAAACAUACUUUCGGACCUCAAGGAAAAUUUGGUGAGCCAUUUCGAGAAUCACAAAACCACCGCAAGUGCAGAGGUUGAUGGAGGAACUGGUCAAGCAAAGGUCACUAUAUCUAGAUGUUCAGAAACAAAUGCUAAUUCAAAUGAUUCAAAAUCUAGUGAGCUAGUUCCUGAAGCCCAACAAGCUACUGAAAUUGAUGGAGGAACUAGUCAAGCAAAGACCACUAUAUCUAGAUGUUCAGAAACAAAUGCUAAUUCAAAUGAUUCAAAAUCUAGUGAGCUAGUACCUGAAGCCCAACAAGCUACUGAAGUUGCUAACACUCCAAAUGAAAGUCUUUCUUCGAAUGAAGAUCUCACUCAUGAUACACCUCUCUCUCCAAAUGGAAAUCUUUCUUGUGGACCCAGAACACACGGCGUAGUUAGAGAGAAGAUGAGACUUGAGGUUCCUCUUCCAUCAAUUGUAUCCCCUCCUGGCUUAGUGAAAGAGAAGACGAGACCUGAGGUUCCUCUUCCAUCAAUUGUAUCCUCUCCCUAUAUUGCAGACGGUGAGCCAAUACCUAUUGCUGAGGAAGCUGCUGAAGUUCCUGAAAUUCCCCAUGAUGUUCUUUCUAAUGAACUGGCCAAGAAAAUUUGCUUAGAAAAUGAGAAGAGCGAAAUAGUCCUAUCAGAGGAAUCCUCUCCUGGUAUUUCUGAUGAGGAUAUAACUGCAAAUCUAAGCACAAGCAGGGGGAAUGCUUCUAGUUCCAGUGGUAGGAUCAGGGGGAAUGCUUCUGGUUCCAGUGAUAGGAUCUGGAUUAUGCUUGAUCGGAUCAAGGAACUGGCUAAAGAUCUGAACAAUAAUGGCCAUAAUAAUUCUAAACAAGUCAAGCCAGGGCCAAAAUUUGGAAAACCAAUAAAGCAGUCUAUGAUUGAUGGACUUAGGCUUUUUGAUGUGAUCAAGGAGCAAGAGAAGAUUCGUGACUCAGGCAUUAAUAAUGGUGCCAAACAACUCCAGCCAGAUAAAAGUUUUGUUAAGGAUGAUAUAAAAGAUGAUGGACCAUUGAAGGUUCCAUUCGAAAAAUUUGAUUCUGAUGAGGAUUUAAGUGAUUCUGAGGUUGCAGCUUCAGAAUAUGGAGAACCUGACCCCUUUGUUCCCCUACCAAGCAAAAGAAGUUUUCCUUCUUUCUCCAAAAGGCCAAUAGGUCAAAACACUCUAUUUGUGAAGUUCUUGCCAAAGUCAGCCACGGAUGUUGAUAUUCGGAAAGCAUUUGGUGGUUGUGGAGAAAUUGAAGAGCUCUGCAUCAUUCCAUCAUUGAAAGCUACUGCUAGGUUCAACAAUGCUUAUGUCUCAUUCCUGAGAGGAGAAGGGCUGCAAAGAGCUCUAGAGAAAAGCAAUCUAGUUAUCAAUGGUGCUGAUGUGGUUGUCGAGGCAGAUUCGCCUUUGCUAAAAAUAACGAACAUGGUUUCUAUUUCUAAUUUGAUUGGAGAUCCUGAUGCACCAUUGCCAUUGUUGGAAAAUCCAGUCCGGACCAUUAUGGUCCGAGGUUUGCCUGUCGGUAUCGGGUCUCACCAGCUCAGUUUCUCUCUCUCCAACUUUGGAUCCAUAUCCAGAUUCAUUAUGGGUUCAUCUUUAUCUAUUGGUUAUAUUGAAUUUGAGACAGAAGAUGCCAAAGAGAAAGCUCUCGCCGCUUCUACAAUAUCUCUGUCUGGAAAGCAGAUACAGAUCCUCAGGAUUGAUGCCCCAAGAACUUCAGUUGUGAGAAUUUCAAAUAUCGGUCGAGAAACAAAGCAAAUAAAGAUUUUGAGUACCUGUGAGACUUAUGGAGCAGUCAAUAGAGUGGUGAGCAGGGAUGGAGAUACAGUGGAUGUGCACUUCAUGUUGUCUGAGCUUGGAAACAUGUUGCAAAUUCUUAACCAUCUUAAUGGUAUGGUCGUGAAUCAGUGCCAAUGGUGGGCUCGUCCCGCAACUGUUUUCCCACCACAAAUCCUUCAAUCCCUUUGGAAGUCCACUGAAGGAAGACAAUAUGUACUCACAGUGGUUCAAAAUCUAUGCCGAAAAACCUGCCCUGGUUCAACUGUUCAUGCAGAAAUGGCUGGACUUGUGGCAAGAUAUUAUACAACACCAUAGGUUUGAGAAGUUUGCAUCCAUCCAUUGCGGUUGACUGCAUUUGGUCAGGGAAAAUUCAUGUCCGAGGUGAAAGAGAGUUUGGGUUUUUGAGAGAACAACACUAUAUCUAUCCAUUGCGGUUAACUGCAGUUGAUCAUGGAAAAUUCAUGUCUGAGGUGAGAGAGAGAUUAGGUUUUUAAGAGAGAGAGAAGAGAAAGGCUUGAAUUAUCAUGGCCCAUGUAUGUGAUUAUUAUGCGACAUUGCAUAUAUUUCUGAUUCAUGAUGGGGGCAAUUUCCCUUGAUAUGGAGGGAAUAUUGUCAGGUGAAAUAAGGCAUGCUUCCCUUCUUAGUAAUGGGAGUCUUUGAAACUUAAAAUUGUAGUUGCAAUGGGGAUUAGACUCGUUUAGGAUUAGAGAAAGGGCGAAAGAUGCAUAUCCUCCUCUCUAUAAUUGU